AUGUCCGAGAUAUAUUUCUCACCCGGUCCCACCCAACUUUCUCGCCCGUCGACGCAGACCUGUCCUCCCCCCCCGUCCGGAAUACCCAGCCCUACCGAGCCACCCCUCGCGGCCCCUCACCCUUCCCCCCAAGGCCCGGGGCAGGGAAGACCCCUCCCCGUCGCCGCCCCCCUAACCCCGAUGGGUGGACGGCCCCAAGAGUCCCCGUCAACUGGCGAGUCCAAGCGGGAGAGCUUAGGGUUGGCCCCCGGGGUUAGGGUUCGCUCUCCCCCGCGCGCGCGGCCGUUCGUCCGCGUUUGGGCCGCGCCCACGACCAUCUCCAUCUCCAUCCCGCCGCCCCUCGCUCCCACCACCCCUCCACCCACCCGGGCAACUGGCCAGCCCGCCGGCUGCCACCUCCCUUUCACCCGCCCCUCCGGGCAGGCGGGGGAACGGCGGCCAUCCGGGGCCCCAGCGCCGCCGCGGCCGGUCAGGGGGACCACCGUCGGGCAUGCGCUCGGGCACCGGUGGGGGAUGCCAGCAGGGGGUCACCGGCACGGGAUCACCGCCGGGGCCUUCCGUUUGGCCCAGAGUGUCCCGCCUGGCUGCCUCCCUCCCGGUCCCACCGCCCUGCCCGCCGUACGGGACCCGCCGUCAUGGCCAACCUUCCAGCCGGGCGCCGCUGGCCCGGUGGCUUCUCGCCUCUCUACAUACUCCCCGACCCCAUUUGGAGGGCAAAAGUGCCAGCAAGCCUUAAUUUGUACAAAAGUGGCUGGCAGGGACAUCCUUCACUAUGGAGGUGGUCCGAGCACGGCAUUUUUCCCAUACAAAGUGGGCCACCCGCCGGGUCCAGUUACGCAUUUUAAGCGGACUUGGUCAAAAUUGUGCGCGAGGUCAACUGGCGGGUCCACAGCUCGCCCAGUGUGCACUGCCCGCGGGAAUGGCCGGAUCCCCUGGGGGGGGGGGGUCCCCACGAGGGGGGCGCAUGGCCUGCAGCCCGGCGGUCCUCCCGGCCUUUUGUCGAUGGAGGCCGUCCCAGGCGCAAACUGGCGAGUUUGGGCAGGCUCCAAAGCCGGCGGACCGCGAACGAACCGCGGACGGCAAUGA